AUGUACUAUUCCAACAACUAUUUCUAUCCAACAAAAAUGCUUUUUACUGGUAUUGGUUCUUUACAAUUCAAAUCUCAAUCUAAACUAAGCUAUCAAUUAACCUUUACUUCAUAUGAUAGAAAACCAAAAGCAUUUAAAAUCUAUUUAAGAGGAAAUCCGAUGGUAGUUGGUAAUUUAGAACUCCGUACUUACCAAGCAACAGGUUCUGAUCAAAGCUGUGUAGAAUACUUUGGAAAUGUUAAAGCAUCUUUAUAG